AUGAAGCGCCACUACAGCGCUACCGGCGCAGACCUGCUGGCGGCACUCAACCGCAGAGUCUACCUGACGCAGGCCGGCGUGGCCGCUGUGGACGCCGCCAGCGACGGCAGCGGGCAGCAGCAGGCGGGCGAUCUGAUACUGUACGAUCCCGAUACUGACGAGGCUUACCAAUCCAAGCUCGCGGCGCUGCGCUGCGCUGCGGCGGCUGUGGACGCCGCGUCUGCACAUUUGGCUGCCGCAGAGGGGGCGGUCGCGGCCAAAUAUGCGACCACAGGGGUGUGUGACGAGGCUGGCGACGGGCCGGAGGGCGCAAGCACCACAGCAGCACAGCAGGGCAGCCAAAGUUCCGCCGAUGGCGACGACAAGCAGGCGCAGCCGACCCCUGCUGCGGCAGUACAGGCACUCCAGGCAGCUGUCGCUGAGGCGCGGGCUGCACUGGAGGCUGCGCGCACGGCAGAGGCUGGUGCGUCCAAGUCUGCUGGCCCUGCACGUGUCAAGGUGCACGCUGAAGCUUUCCUGGUUGAGAAGCUUCGGGCCCAUCAGCGGGAGGGCGUGCGCUUCAUAUUCAGCUGCCUCUGCGGCGUGCGGCAGGACGGUGUCUCGGGGGCAGUGCUGGCGGACGGCAUGGGCCUCGGCAAGACGUUCCAAACAGUCGCCAGCCUGUGGUGCCUGCUGACCAAGGGGGUCCAUGUGGCUCAGGGCCCCACCUGCAAGAAGCCCCUCGUGCUGUGCCCCAGCAGCCUGGUGCAGAAUUGGGGCAAGGAGUUUCGCGGGUUUGCUCGCCCUGGCUCCAAGCCCAAGAUUUUAAUCAUGUCUUACACUACCUUCAGGAUGCACAAGGCCGAGGUCGCCAAGCUGGGCAUUGACAUUGUGAACGACCUUUCAGAGUUCCAUGCCGUGUUUGACGUGGCCUGCCCAGGACUUCUGGGGGACGCGAGCGAGUUCAGGCGCAAGUACGAGCUGCCCAUCCAGCGUGGCCGCGACGCGGACGCCACAGACGGCCAGGUGGAGCGUGGCCUGGCGGCCAUGAACGAGCUCAUGAAGCUGUGCAACAGGUUCAUGCUGCGGCGCACGUCAACCAUCCUCAAACAGCUGCUGCCUGCAAAGGUCGAGCAGGUUGUGUUUUGCCGGUUGAGCCCCCUGCAGCUGCGCCUCUACGAGUUUUUCCUCAACAGCAAACCGGUCCAGCAGCUGCUGUCAUCGACGGCGCCAAUAGAAACAGGAUGUUCUGCUGGCGCCGCGUCUGGCGGUGGCCGCGGCGCCGGCGCCCGCAGCGGGCGUGGCAAGAGUGGGGGCGGAGGCGGCGCGCCGUCUGGAGGGGCCGCGAAGGCUCCCAGGCAGCCAAAGGAGGAGACUCUUGCGCCACUGGCCGCCAUCACCGCUUUGAAGAAGCUUUGUUGUCACCCAGACCUUGUAUUUGAACUGGGCGCCGCCCCUGGCGCCAGCACCAGGCCACCCCCGCAACGCGUCAGCGCGCGCGCCGCCUCAGCCCCGCCGUGCUACUCCAUGCCCGAGCUGCUGCAGGGCAGCGACCCUGAGGAUGUCAGCGGUGCCGCCGCUGGCACUUCCGGUGGUGCCGGCGGCGGCCGGGGCGGCGGUGGCGGCGGCCAGCUGACGGGGUUUGAGGGCUGCCACCCAUGCUUCUUGCACCCGGCAGUCUACCCUGCUUACAAGCCGGCGGAGUGCCAGGCAUUCCACUCAGGCAAAGUGAUGGUGCUGCAGGCGCUGCUGAAAGCCAUCAAAACCAGCGAGCCCACAGACAAGGCGCUAGACGUCCUGGGGCGCAUGUGCGCCGCCAACAAGUGGGGGACGCUGCGCCUGGACGGCUCCUGCAGCGUGAAGCAGCGCCAGGGGCUGGUGGACCGCUUCAACGACUCAACAGACAAGUCAUAUUGCUUCCUGCUCUCUUCAAAAGCGGGCGGCGUGGGCCUCAACAUCAUCGGAGCCAACCGCCUCGUCCUCUUUGACGCUGACUGGAAUCCGGCCAACGAUCUCCAAGCCAUGGCGCGGGUAUGGCGCGAGGGCCAGCGCAAGCGGGUCUGGAUCUACCGUCUCUUGACAGCUGGCUCGAUUGAAGAGAAGGUGUUCCAGCGCCAGCUCAGCAAGAUGGGCCUCAGCGAGGCACUGGUGGACGAGGUUGGGCAGGAGAGGGACAAGUUCGUGUCUUACGUGUUCUCAGAUCACACGCUGGCGGACCCGGGGGCGGCGCCGCCGCGCGGAGCCCAGGGCGGCACGCGGAAGCGCAAUUUGGGGGAGGUGGACGGGGAGGGUCAAGACGAAGAGGAGGAAGAGGCAGGAGAGGAGACAGAGGGGGGCGAGGCAGAGGAGCAGCAGUCAGAAGAGGGGGAGGUGGAGGAGGAGGAGCAACAGGAGGAGGACGGCGAGGAAGAGGUGCAGUCGCAGCCGACGCCGCCGGCCGCCAGCAAGCGGCAGCGCGCCGGUGGCCGCAGCCACGGCGGCCGCGCGUCGACGGCGGGGGGCGUGCCGCCGCGCAAGAAAGCGGCGCCCGGUCCAGGCGCCGCGGGGCGGCGAUCCAUGGAGCAGGCUAGAGCCAACCCUGUGCUCUGUGAUGUGAUGGACAGCGGCCACGGCGGCCCCAGCAGCGACCGGGGCGGCGACGGCCGCGGCAAUCUGUUCGCUGGUGGCGACGAGGUGAUGCCUGUCACGCAUCCCGAUGACGAGUGUUUCUUUGGCGGGUGCGAUGAUGACGGCGUAUAUGAUCAGUAA